AUGGGUUCAAUUCUUCCUGAUGUGUCCGAGUACGACAGAGUCAUCUCCAAUGGUGAAGGACUCGGCCAGAUCUUCUAUCAGCGGAUGCUAGAAGACCCAGAGGCUGUCGCAAUCAUUGACGAGCAGAGCAAAAGCCUGUCAUACCGUGCUAUCCAUGAAAAGGCAACCGAUCUGGCGCGGACGCUCGUCGAGCACGAGUCCAGCCCUGGAGACCGGGUCGGGGUUAUUGUUGAUCAUGGGCUUUGGGACCCGGUCACGCAAGUGGCUAUAAUCUACGCUGGCGGUACCUGUGUGCCCAUCGAUCCUCUAUUGCCCGAUCAGCAGAUUAAAAGCCGUUUGAUGAGGUUGGGCGUUCGACAUAUUCUUGUCGAUGAAGCCAAUGCGAAGCGAGACCUGCCGUUUGCUUCGUUCGUGGUGACCGAUGGUCGCAAUGAAUCGACCGAUGCAGGCGAAGGAGGACACUUUCCGAUGGCCACGAGCGUCGAUCACUGCUCGCAUCUUAUCCACACCUCAGGCACCACCAGCGAGCCGAAGGCUGUGCAGAUAGCUGCGCGAUCAAUCAUCCAUGUCGCACACCACGCACCUUACGAACCCGUCCGCAAGUCGGAUGUGGUCGGCCACCCGAACAAGACGAGCUUCGACGUCGCCCUGUUUGACAUCUGGGGCGCUCUACUACGCGGUGCGGCCGUGGGUGUGCUGAGCAAAGCAACGCUUCUGGACAGUGCUGCACUUGCCGCAGCAAUCCGGAGGCUUGGGAUUACGAUUACCGCCAUCACGACGCCGUUGGUCAACCUGGCGGCGACGACGUACCCGACGACCUUUGCGCCACUCCGGGCGGUCCUCAUGGGCGGCGAAGCAGUCAAUCUCCGUGCGAUGGAGGCCAUUCUGACUGCAGGACCUCCUCAGCACCUGAUGAAUGCGUAUGGCCCAACUGAAUGUUGCGUCUACUGCCUCACGCAUGAGAUUACAUUCGACGACGUUCGUGCGGGCAAGGUCAGUGUAGGGAAGACAAUCGGCCGCAACGUCUGUUGUGUGUGUGAUGAAGACGGCAAUCCCGUACCGGCGGGCGAAGAGGGCGAACUCCUCGUUGGAGGACCGGGGGUUUCGCCUGGUUAUGUCGACCAGCCGGAGAAAAAUGCAAAGACCUUCGUGGCAGUCCCCGGCAUGAUCGACCCCGAGUCCAACCAGCCCUACCGCAUGUACCGGACCGGCGACCUGGUUCGCCAGCGUCCCGAUGGUCAGCAUGAUUUCCUGGGUCGUCGCGAUGAACAGGUUAAGAUUCGUGGGUUCCGAGUUGAGCUCGCUGCUGUCCGUUCGGUUCUCAUGAACACGGGCCACUUUGCCGAAGUCUUUGCCAUGGCCAUGAAUUCACAGGCGGCAGGAGCCGGUGCGACUCUGGUUGCCUUUGCCGUCCUGCGCGCCAACUCAGCUAAGAAUGCCGUGGCCGACGCGGUGGAGGUUGCGAAGGCAGUUCUUCCUGACUUUAUGGUGCCUCACAUCGAGGUGAUUACAGAAAUGCCUCUGAACGCGCACGCAAAAAUAGAUCGCAAGAAACUGGAGGCUCUGUAUAACCAGCGGCGCGAGAGACUGCUUGAGAAAAUCACCGGUAGCAGGAAAGAGAAGGUGAUGAGCACACGCCAGCAGAUCGCCAGCAUAUGGGCGAUGAUAUUGGCCACCCCGGUUCCCGAGUACGCUGACGAGGACGACUUUUUCGCCCUGGGGGGCACCUCCCUGCAGGCAUCUUUGCUGAUUACCCACAUUAGGCAGCAGCUCAGCACCGAGAUCUCGCUGCUCACUCUGUACGAUCAUCCCACCAUUGGCGAGUUGGCCGCUAUCGUGGACAAACACCGAGGCUCAUCCAUGGCCACCAUCCGCGACGAACAAGACAUGCUGGCUGCCGACAUAAAGCUUGGGGAUGAUUUGAAGCUUCCCCAGGAACCAGUGGUUGACUGGCGUCGAGAUACAGAAGGUAGAGUCUUUCUGACUGGCGCCACCGGCUUCGUGGGCGCAUUCUACCUGGAAGCCCUCCUCCUGAUGCCCGGUGUGCAUCAGGUCGGCUGUCUUGUGCGUGCAGCAACCCCCGCCAAAGGUUUCCAGCGGAUUCGCGCUGCUCUUGUCAAGUACGGGCUCUGGCAGGAUCCCUUCUCGAGCAAGAUCCUCCCACUGUGUGGCAAUCUCCAGGAUCACUGGCUGGGAAUGGGCGAGGAGCGGUUCCAAGAGAUUGCAAGGUGGAGCAGCGUAAUUUUUCACUUGGGUGCCCUUGUCAACUACACGAAGCCCUACUCGCUCCAUCGGCCAGCCAAUGUCAUUGGAACGGCGAAUAUUGCUCGCUUUGCCGUCACCGGUCGUCCCAAGGGCCUCCAUUACUGCUCCAGCAUCUCGUGCUUUGGGCCAACCGGGUUUGUGAAUGGAGCUAAAGUCAUCUACGAGGAUGCCUCGCUGCUCCCCCAUCUACCUGCUCUGCCGUAUGAUCACGGAUAUGCUCAGAGCCAAUGGGCUGCCGACGCCCUCCUCCAGCGCCAGAUCAACCGCGGCUUCCCCAUCGCCAUUUACCGUCCCGGGUUUAUCACCGGCGACUCCAAGACCGGUGUCUGCAACCCGGACGACUUCUUCAGCAGACUGAUUCGCGCCGGCCUCGACCUCGGGUGCUACCCUGACCUGCCAGACCAGCGCAAGGAAUUCGUGCCCGUUGACUAUGUCGUCGCCGCAAUGCUCCACAUUUCUUGCUCCGUCUUCUCCAUGGGCCAUGCCUUCCAUCUGCUGCCAAGCCGUGCAGCCUCCGUUGACAUGACCGAGACCAUGGAGUUACUUGGCCAGGUGCGUGGGACGGCCAUCAAACGGCUGAGCUACGAGCAGUGGAUCGAGCGACUGUCGGCGACUUCCCAUGCCAGCCUCCAGCCACUUCUGCCCAUGCUGGCAGAAAAGGUCCGCGAUGGACUUAGCCGCUGGGAGUUGUAUGAGAAAAUGCCCGUCUACGACGCUACUAAUACCCGGCGCGCCCUUGCUAUGCUCCCGUCACCACCCGAGUGUCCGCCCUUUGACCGUGCCUUGGUGAAGAAGUAUGUCGAUUAUCUGUACGCGAUUGAAAAGGGUCAACUUUAG